GGCGGAUUUACGUUCCUCCAUCACGGCUCCAGACCAGUGGCUCACCUUCGCUCAAUCUGCGCGCCCAGCAGCGCCCUCAUCCCGGCUAGAGGUCCAGGAGCUGUCCUGAAAACGUUGUCUCCCCCUGUGUGUCCUGGGUUGUGAUUGGUGUAGAGGGAGUUCCAUUAUGUCAGGCUGACCUUUCUGACCCUCUGUCACCAUGGUGACAUGACAGACCUUAGUGUUCCCCACCACAUCCAUGUUAGAAACCCUUCAUAGAGACAUACACACACACCCUGACACACACACACACCCUGACACACAUACACACACACACACACACCCUGACACACACACACCCUGACAUACACACACCCUGACAUACACACACACCCUGACAUACACACACACCCUGACAUACACACACACCCUGACAUACACACACACACACCCUGACAUACACACACACCCUGACAUACACACACACCCUGACACACACACACCCUGACACACACACACCCUGACAUACACACACACCCUGACACACACACACCCUGACAUACACACACCCUGACAUACACACCCUGACAUACACACACAUCCUGACACACACACACCCUGACAUACACACACCCUGACACACACACACCCUGACACACACACACCCUGACAUACACACACACACACACACCCUGACACACACACACACACACACACACACACACACACACACACACACACACACACACACACACACACACACACACACACACACACACACACACACACACACCCUGACACACACACACACCCUGACACACACACACACACACACACACACACACACACACACACACACACACACACACACACACACACACACACACACACACACACACACACACCCUGACAUACACCUGUAUACACGCUACCCUCCAGGUAGUGAUGUCGUUAGCGGUGCAUGUCCGUCGCCACCUGCGGCGCUUCCUCCUCCUCCUCGCCUCUGGCUCCCUGCUAGGCUCCGCCUACUUCCUAUUCUCUCACUCCGCCCCCACUCUACAGCUCAACCAAUCAGGAGAGCACGUUGCUGUGGCGUGCCCCCUGCCCUUUCCAACUCCCUACAGAUCCGCCAACACACAUACCGACAGACGAUCCGACCGGGACACACACACUGAUAAACACCCCGACACACACACUGAUAAACACCCCGACACACACACUGAUAAACACCCCGACACACACACUGAUAAACACCCCGACACACACACUGAUAAACACACCGACACACACACUGAUAAACACCCCGACACACACACUGAUAAACACACCGACACACACACUGAUAAACACACCGACAGACACACUGAUAAACACCCCGACACACACACUGAUAAACACCCCGACACACACACUGAUGAACACCCCGACAGACACACUGAUAAACACCCCGACACACACACUGAUAAACACACCGACAGACACACUGAUAAACACCCCGACACACACACUGAUAAACACCCCGACACACACACUGAUGAACACCCCGACAGACACACUGAUAAACACCCCGACACACACACUGAUAAACACACCGACACACACACUGAUAAACACACUGAUAAACACACUGAUAAACACACUGAUAAACACACUGAUAAACACACUGAUAAACACACCGACACACACACUGAUAACCACGCCGACAGACGAUCCGACCGCGACACGCAGCCCCUCCCUUCAGUCGACCCAGUAGUAUUGGUACUAGUAGAAUCACAGUAUAGCCAGUUAGGACAGGACAUAGUCACCAUCCUGGAGUCAGCCAGGUACCCCUUCACAACAGAGAUAACCCCGGGGAAGGGAGAGCUGCCACCUCUCACUGACCAGGGGCGUGGUCGCUACAUCCUGGUCAUCUACGAGAGUCUGUUGAAGUACGCCCACACUGACCCCUGGAACAGACAGCUGCUGCACCAGUACUGUCUCCGUUAUCGAGUCGGCAUCAUCACCUUCCACAGAGCCAAUCAGAACUCUCCGCCCCUGCUGAAUCUCCGGGGUCUUCCCCUGCUGCUACGGACCAAUCAGGCACUCCGAGACGCCUCUGUGAUGUCACGUUCGCCCCUCCUCCACCUGACGCGGGCUGAGACGGACCGUGGACCACUCCCUGGUGAUGACUGGACCACAUUCUCCUCCAACCACUCCUCCUACCAGGCUGUUGUCCAGGCACGGCCCAGGGAGGGAGGCCCCGGAGUGGGCAGCGGAGAUAAUCCAGUCCCUGGUUUCAGUCGGGGCCUACGGGCUACGGUGGUGCUGGAUGCGGGGCUGUUUGACGGUGUUCAGAGGGUCAUCUUCGGACACGGCCUGGACUACUGGCUACACAGGCUCCUAUUGGUGGACGCUAUCACUUACCUCACGGACAGGAAGUUGUCGUUGGGGCUGGAGCGCCACAUCCUGGUGGAUAUAGACGACAUCUUUGUUGGGAAGGAAGGAACACGCAUGAACACCAAGGAUGUUAAGGCCCUCCUGGACACUCAGAACCAGCUGAGAUCUCAAAUCACCAACUUCACCUUUAAUCUGGGCUUCUCUGGAAAGUUCUACCAUACAGGUACAGAUGAAGAGGAUGAGGGGGAUGACGUGCUGCUCGGUUCUGUAUCAGAGUUCUGGUGGUUCCCUCACAUGUACAGCCACAUGCAGCCACACCUCUUCAACAACCUCACCUCUCUGCUGGAGCAGAUGGUCCUUAACAAGGACUUCGCUCUGGAUCAUGGUAUUCCAGUAGACCAGGGUUAUGCUGUUGCACCCCACCAUUCAGGAGUCUACCCUGUUCAUCUCCAGCUGUAUGAGACGUGGAGGAAGGUGUGGAACAUCAGGGUUACAUCUACUGAGGAAUACCCUCACCUCAAACCAGCUAGAUACCGCAAAGGAUUCAUACACAAUGAUAUUAUGGUGCUACCGCGUCAGACAUGUGGGUUGUUCACACACACCAUUUACUAUAAGGACUAUCCGGGAGGACCUAAAGAACUGGACAACAGCAUCAUGGGAGGAGAACUGUUCCUGACUGUCCUGCUGAACCCAAUCAGUGUGUUUAUGACCCACCUGUCAAACUACGGCAAUGACCGUCUGGGUCUGUACACAUUCCUCCACCUGGCUGACUUCCUCUCUACCUGGACACACCUCCAGCUAGACACUCUACCUCCUCUGCAGCUGGCCCAGAGAUACUUCACCCUGUUCCCGCAGCAGAGACAGCCUCUCUGGCAGAACCCGUGUGAUGACAAGAGGCACAGAGACAUCUGGUCCAAGGAGAAGACCUGUGAUAGGCUGCCCAAGGCUCUCGUUAUCGGACCACAGAAGACAGGAACAACAGAGCUCUGCCUCUUCCUCCUGAUGCAUCCUUCCAUCUCCAGCAGCUUCCCCAGCAACAAGACGUAUGGAGAGGUCCAGUUCUUCAACACGAACAACUACCACCAGGGAAUAGACUGGUAUAUGGAGUUGUUCCCGCUCCCGUCUAACGCCACCAGUGACUUCCUGUUUGAGAAGAGCUCCGCCUACUUCCCCUCUGAAGACGCUCCUCGCCGCGCCGCCGCCCUGCUGCCUAAAGCCAAGAUACUGACCGUGCUGAUCAACCCCUCAGACAGGGCUUAUAGCUGGUACCAGCACCAGAAGGCUCUUGAGGAACGCACCGGGUCGAUGCUCUCCUUCUAUGAUGUCAUCAGUGCUCAAGGCGGGGCGCCGUCCAACAUCCGAUCACUACAGGACCUCUGU